GCUAAUUACGAUAUAUCACACAUACACGUACGUCCAUAUGCUCUACAGCUCUGCUAAACGCGCGAGGCGUGUGUGUAUCGGUACCUAAUAGAUUUCAGAUAAGCCGAUCCUGGGCUACUGCCGCUACUAUAUAUAUAACACAAGCACCGAAAAAGGCACUACACAGCAACAGCAGCAGCAGCAACCACAUGUGUGUAUCUUGGUCAUCUCUUUAGUUCGGCCGGAGUAAUUGCAGAGUGCGCGCGACUUAUUUUAUACAUACAUACAUAUACCUACUACGAGUCGACACAGUGCCGCGAGGAGUGUGUGUAUACAUAUAUCGUUCCCUCUUUUCUCCGUGUGUUUCCGAGCUCUGAAAGUAUAUACGGAACGGCAGCAACGUCAGCCGAAGCAGUCGAAUCGGCACGGGGCACAGCAGCAACGCUUAUUGCAACGAACGCGCAGAAAAAUUAAUUGUCGAUCGGUUGCAGCGCGCACAGAAUUUGUGUCCGACCCGAGGUCCUUUUUUUCCCUAUUUUUUUUUCUAAUCGAGUGCCAGUGUUAUUUAUCGAUUCGAUAAACUAUAAUACGAUCGUCAUCAUGUCAUCCACGGACGACAAUCGGCAAAACAACGCCACCGGCGAAUCGGUUGCCGUGAUCAAGGACCUGGAGUCGCUGCUGCGCGAGCACGUCGAUCCCCGACUGCGACUGCUCGACUUCACCAGCGACAAUCUGCUGCCGGACGGCGAGAAUUAUUCCAGCAUCAUCGUGAAGAUCGAGGCGAGCGUGAGAAUCGGCGACGACGAUCGCGAGGAGAAUCUGUCGCUGGUCGCGAAGACGGUGCCGCAGGGCGGCCACAAGACCCAAGUCAAGACCGUGAUAUCCUUCUCCAAGGAGAUCUUCAUCUUCGAGAGUCUGAUGCCGGCUUUCAAGGCGCUGGAUCCGACGAUGGACGUGCUGCCGAAAUUUUACGGCGGCAGACUGACCCUGGACGAGGAGAGCGAACACAACGACGAGGACAUCGUGCUGCUGAUGGAAAAUCUCAAGACCAAGGGUUACCACACGAAGGACAGAAAACAAGGUUUCGACUACGCGCACGCCGAAUUCGCGAUCCGCGAGCUGGCCAAGUGGCACGGGCUCAGCAUCGCCCUGAGGCAGAAGAACGACGAAUUUUUCGCCAGAUGCCGGCGGGAACUCUGCCGAUUCCCGUACGAGCUGCAGGUCACCUCGAUGUCCGAUCUGGCCGAGCACAUCACUCGUGACAUCUGCGCGGACGAGCGCAUGGCGCCGCACAAGGAGCUCAUCAGCCGCGAACUGCAGGCCAAUCUGCGCUGGAACGAGUCGAUCGAGCGGCCCGAGGAGGGACCCUGGGCCGGCAUAACUCACGGCGACUUUUGGGUCAACAACAUCAUGUAUCUCGAUGAUGAAAACGGCCAACCCAAAGACGUGAAAUUCGUCGACUUUCAAAUGGUCAGCGCUCUCAGCGUGCUGCGCGACCUACCCUACUUUUUGUGCACCAGCUGCUCGAUGGAGGUGCUGAGGAAUCGCGUGGACGAGCUGCUCGACUCGUACUACGAGACCCUCGUCGAGACGUUGAAGGGCCAGGACUGCGACCUCGCCGACUACACGCGAGCGAGCUUCGACGAGCAGCUGCGCCAAGACGCCAAUCCCGAGUUCAUUCACUGCCUGAUGUCGCUCAAGUUCUUCACCCUCGAGGUGGACGACGAUCUCGAUCUGAUGGACGUCAAGUCGACGCUCUUCGACAAGCAGAGCAGCAGCCUGUACCUGGAUCGCUCGUGGGAGGCGGUGCGCGCCUACUUCCACAAGAAGUGGCUGCUGGACUGCUGAGAGUCGCGAUCGAGUGGGGUUGUACGUGUGGAUGUGUGUGUGUGUUUGUUGUUGCCUUUUUUAUAAAUAUUAUAUUUUUUUUAUCGAGUGGAUGACAAUGACAAUUUUGUUGAUGAAAUUAAAAAAAAAAACAUUAUUAAGGCAUUGAUUAAUUGUAAUUCAUAAAAAAAACUGUAUAGUCGAGCGCGUGGAAGAGAAUUAUUGUAUUAAGAUUAAGGUAUGUGUAUAAUAAAAAAUGCAUUGAUUCAGGUAAAAUA